CAUUGGUCGUGCUGUCACAACCUGUUUUUUCGCAUUUCCAACAACUGUCUCGAUAUUUCGUUUGGUCCACAGGUAGCUGGAUGUCUUGCUCAGGAUCUAGGAUUAGAUGACUUAGAUAAUCUGGAAGAUGACGGAGGAGUGGAAGACUUGAAGGAAAAACCACUUGGUAAAUGCCCUUCCGUCCUAACCCCGCCCCACGCGGUGAUGGUCUCUGGAGACAAGGACACCGGCAUCGCUUCCGUGGUGAAGAUGAAAUGUGGUCGAGGUUAUGAGAAGGUCGGAGGCAGCACACGUAGGGUAUGUCAAGUAACACUUACUUGGACCGGCAAGGAUAUCGUUUGUAAAGCUCUUGAAUGUUCGAAACUGGUGAUCAAGAAUGCGGUGGCGAACACGACAUCCCGGACAUUUGGGACGGUGGUCGGAUUCUCCUGUAACCAUGGUACAUCGAGAACAACGCGAGAUCUGGGAAACGCCACGAGGAGGUGCAUGGCCAACCAGACGUGGAGUGGAAGCGACAUUACCUGUCUCCCACCUCAAUGCCCGGAGCUCCCGAGCUCGACCAUUGCGAACACAAGCGAUAGGUCUAUAGGAGUGGUGGUGAAACUGAGCUGUGCCCGUGGGAUGAUCAACGCCACUGGAGACCAACAGAUCACAUGCAGUCAAGACCAGAAAUGGAAGGGGAAGAUAUUGAUAUGCAAAAAGGCAAUGUGUAAACCGUUGACACCAGUGCCACACAGCACAAAAAAUAAACAAGAGCGCAAGGUUGGUGCCAUAGUCAAGCUAACUUGUAAGAAAGGUUACAAGGGGGAAGGCAAUGCUUACGUCUUCUGUAACAAGAAGCGGCAAUGGACCAAGCUAAGGUUGAAUUGCACCAAAAUCGCCGAUAAGAAAUUGAGGAAUCAUAGGACUAAAGAGAAACGGAAGAAGAAGAAUGUUUGCAAGCGUCUUUCUCCAUACGAAUGUAGAAAGCAAGGGGCAUUGAAAUGGACCAGAACAAUCGAAGGCGAAACCGUCAUCAUAAUGAAAUGUAUGGACGGCUGGGUAAAACUGUCCGGGCAGGAGAAGCGUGUCUGUCGGAAAGUCGGGAGACAAGUGACAUGGACGGAGGCUCCGCUGCGAUGCAAACCAGGAGCCGAUGUAGCAGAUGGAAAGCCCACCUACCAGAGAUCUACAUUGGGACCUUAUAAAUAUUCCGCAAAUCAUGCGUAUUAUAACACCUGCUUUCUCACAGAUAGGUCGGAAGCGCCCUGGUGGUUCGUCGAUUUGAAGGUCGAAUAUCCAAUUGCAUCAAUCAUGAUGGUGAAAACUCGGGGCCUCUACUAUAAACUGGCGAGGAAUCUUAAGGACUUCACAAUAUCCGUCACAAAUGCGAAACCAGGGACAGGUACCUACAAGGCGAACAAGGAAGAGACCUGUCUCCACGUUCCCAGGGCCAAGAAGCGCACUGUUGUCGUAUACAAAUGCAAAUCUGUUAAGGUCGGGCGAUACGUCGUCAUUUCCAUGACGAAGAAAAAACAAUUUGUGCUCUCAAGCAUCGCCACGUUAAAACAAGCGUCACAGAGUAGUACGUACGAGAAUUACAGCGCAAGGCUUGCUGUUGAUGGUGACAUCUCAGCCGACGCGAAAUCGAACACUUGCAGUAUAACCAAUUACCAAAAUAAUCCCUGGUGGGUUGUGGACUUGAAGAUCAGCACGACUGUGUCCAGAGUGAUCCUUCAUCACAGGUCUGAUCGGACAGUCGUACCAGGGGGGCAAUUGGCUAACUUCACUGUCUCGGUGACCGACUACAAGCCCUCUGGCGAGCCGUACCAGCCUGCCGAGGAAGACGCCUGCUACUCCCAGAACGAAGCCGUGGUGCCAGGCUCUGCGACCAGCAUUCAAUGCAAGUCAACCAUGAAAAGACGGUUCAUCGUUGUAUCACGGGCCGGCGUUGGUGUCAUGUCGCUGUGUGAAGUGCUGGUCUAUUAGAACAGUACCUCUCUUCUGGUCGGCCGGUCCAAAAGGAAGAAUUUUGAUAGUGUUUGCACGGGAAGAGAAUAUGAUAAUGCUUGAGCAGCUGAUACUCCUUGCGUGUUUGAUCAGGUUGCGUGUUCAUGAUUGACCAAGUACAUUGUGAGACAUAGUAUAUAUAUAUCGUUUUCACCACUGGGCGACUCGCAUACGCAGUUUGCUUGGUGGAAGAUUCAAC